AUGUCCAAUGGUCGUCGUACGGGGGCUGCCAGUACCAUCACCGCGACUGUCACCGGUAUUGCCAACGGUCCCGGUCCAGUUCCAGGGCAUGGUCCAGGCUCCAAAGCUACUAAUCACCCCCAUACCACACUCAGUGCCCGCGCCUACACGACUAUCUCUGACCCUGAUGCCGAGCCUGCUGACGCCGCUAAUCCUUCCCCAGACACGCGACCUGUCUUCCUCUCAGAGGAUUUAGAAUAUCCUACCGUCACUGUACAUGAUACAGACCCUCAACACCACCUAGCGGCUGCCUCUACUCAUGCAGCUCCUGCCGCUAGCUAUACCCUAGGCGUCCCAAGCUUUGGUUCACAGCCCUGGGCUGCUCCUUCUGGCCCUUUUCUCGAUUUCGCGCCUCAGCCAAUAUAUGAGCCUACUGGCGAGUUGAUCCACGAAAACAUUCAUACCUUUGACGAGUUCGACGCCCCUUCCAUUUCGAGGUUUCCAAUACCUCCCUCCACCACUCCGAAGAAUCCGCCACCAACAACAAGCAACUUGGCCGACGUGGCCACCACCGCCAAUGGUAAUGGUUCGGUGACGGCCUUCAUCCCGCCUUUACUUCCUCGAUCUGCUCUGAAACGAAAGUCUAGCUCUGUUGCAACGACCCCGACCGAGUCUUCCGGCGACAAGAAAGUGAGAGUACAACCUGGACCCGGACCCGAAUCUGCCGUCGCAAAUAAUCGCUUUGUCACCUUUGAGCGGAUGUCAGGCGUCGGACCAACGUCCCCUGAUGAAGGAUCUACCUCUUCAGACCUCCCAGCUGGCUCCAGGGCAGCUCCAGGUGUAUCUGCUGGUAAUCGCAGAACCCGACAGUCCUCUGGCUCGACACCUAGACCAUCAGCGUUUGCUACAACCUCGUCACAAGCCUCGACCCGGCAAAGAGGGACACGCCCUCCCUCUGGUCAUCCACCCUCGAUUCUCCCUCCCGAGAAGGUCUUUCCCAUCCAGAUAGGAUCCGAUUUGUUCAGGUUAUCGGGUGCCUCAAUAUCUUCCGACGCCCCGUCGUAUUUCACUCAGUUUUUCGAGGAACAAAUCAGACAGAAUGAGGAAUCUGGCGGAGUCAGGACGUUGUAUAUCGAUCGAGAUCCUGCGACUUUCAGAGACGUGGCGAGGCAUCUACAAGGCUACUACGUCAAACCAGUAGAUGGGAGCCACUUUGUAAAGCUAUUCGCAGAUGCUCAGUUCUACAGCUUACCUCGCCUGAUAGAUCAGCUGUUUGAGUCUGAAAUCUUCAUCCAGAUCGGAGAACGACAUUUUCAGAUCCCGAAAGACAUCUUUUCAGAACCUGGAAAUUCCCCAAACUUCUUCUCGCUCGGCUUUGCGGUUUUCUUCUCGACACCUGGAGAGGUUUUUCCCGGCCUAGACCGUCGAGGGCUUCUUCGUCCUCCUUCGAUAACUCCACCCUAUGUCCCUGGGCGAUCUGCUGAGAUCUUUGCAGAACUGUUACAUCUUUUACGAGGCUACCCUCUCCAUAUCAGGAACGAAUCACAUCGAGCCGAACUACUACGAGAUUGCCGCUACUUCCACUUGAGGGGUUUGGAGCAAAAGAUCAUUGCCCACGAGAUCAGCUAUAAUUCAGAGAGACAAAAACAGGAGAUUUGUCUGCGGCUGGAGGACGUUAAACCCUCGGGCGUGUCUUACACCAGCGACGAUUCCCUAGGAGAGAAGUCUUCAACUGGAGGAUGGGUUUACUACGCGAGGCCCUUUGUAGACGACACAUCCUACGAAAUGGUCGUCGAAAUUGGAGGUGAAAGCACCGUCUUGGACCUGACAGACAUGCGAGCAGAUUUCCACGGGUUGGCAAAGGCCCGUGUGUCAUCCUUGUUCCAGGUCGUGGCGAACAAGAUGAACCUGCCAACAAAUGCGCCCCUGGGACUCAUGAUGUUAUCGGGAGGAAGAACCUCGCAAUCGGCAAGCCCUGGACACACACCCCUCAGCGAAGACCGUGUGAAAGUGCGCUUCGAGACUGCAACAGACAUAAUGCUGGACGGAGAAAGCUUUGAAAUCGACUUUGACAGUUCCAUGGGUCAGGUUAUGCUCCACGGGCCCUCAACUGCGCCCAGCGAAUCGGAGUCGGAAUCGGAUGUCAUGAGUGAAGGGACAACAGUCAAACCAGGACCUUCUAUGGCUACGAGCCAACAGCGUCGACCUCAAACGAGACAAACACCAGCAGGAGCUACCUCGCAGUCAGCUGCAGGCCGUGCAUCCUUACCGAUCGCUCCAAUCCAAACGAGCCGACUUACAGCACCCACUGCGAAGAAGAGGAAGAGACAGAGCAGUCAGGGGGAGCUCGGGGAAUGGACCAUCCGUACAGGACAGUGGCGAUUGCGAGUGCAACCCAAUUCCCAAGACUCGAUACGAGGAGGAUUCGAAAUAGUUUUCAUUGGAGUCAAGAUCGACGCUUUCUCAAGCGAGCGAGCAAGGAACGCCAGACGGGCAUUCCUCAACUGA